AUGUUCGGCAUUCCGAAGUUCUUUGGCUGGAGAGGCCGGUCUCUCAACCUGGCUAUCAGUUCCCUUGGUAGUCUUGAUUUCUUGCUUUUCGGUUAUGAUCAAGGUGUCACGGGUGGUCUUCUAGACCUGCCCUCUUUCAUCAAAUACUUCCCCGCUAUCAAUCCUCUAGAUCCAGCUAUCCAAGCAGAUGAGUUCCAGCCCAUCCGGUCGCAGCGCAGUUUGAACCAAGGCAUUGCUGUCGCAUCGUACAAUCUGGGAUGUUUCAUGGGUGCUGUCUUGACUAUUUUCAUCGGUAAUCCGCUCGGUCGACGAAGAACUAUCUUUUGCGGCUGUAUGAUCAUGGCUACUGGCGCUCUCUUGCAAUGUACCUCGUAUUCUCUGCCUCAUUUCAUUGUCGGUCGAAUUGUCACUGGUGUCGGCAAUGGCAUGAAUACAAGUACCGUACCAACAUGGCAGUCCGAGUCAUCAAAAGCCCACGAUCGUGGUAAGAUGGUGAUGAUCGAGGGUAUGCUGAUCACGGGAGGUAUCACUCUUAGCUACUGGAUUAACUACGGCAUGUCAUUCAUCGGAGAGAAAGAGGUCGCCUGGCGGUUCCCUCUAGCUUUCCAGAUUAUCUUCGCCGUCAUCAUUUUCUGCUCCAUUCUCAAUCUGCCCGAGUCUCCACGUUGGCUUGUCAUGCAAGGUCGCACCGAUGAGGCUUUGGAGAUUCUCGAGUGUCUCAAUGAGAAAUCUCGGGAUGACCCCUACAUCAAGAACGAGCUCAUCUCUAUCGAGGAAACUGUCAAGGAAAUGAACAAGGGCACUUACAAGAGUCUGUUCAAGAUGAGCGAGUACCGAGAAUUCCAUCGUGUGGCCCUCGCCUACGUCAACCAAAUGUUCCAGCAGAUCUCCGGAAUUAAUCUGAUCACCUACUACGCGCCUUCACUGUACGGCCAGAUUGGUCUUGGAGAAGGAAAUCUUCCAAAGUUGUUGGCAGCUUGCAACGGCACGGAGUAUCUGAUGGCAGCAUUCAUCCCUAUUUUCAUCAUUGAGAAAGUUGGACGUCGUCCACUGAUGUUGUUCGGCGCCGCCGGAAUGUCAAUUUCAAUGGCCGUCCUAGCCGGUUCAAACUACCGCUUGACCCACCUAGGCGACAGCAGCGCCGGUAUCGCACAGGCCGUAUUCCUUUUCGUCUUCAACACCUUCUUCGCCAUCGGUUGGCUCGGAAUGACCUGGCUGUACCCAGCCGAAAUCGUGCCCCUGCGAAUCCGUGCUCCAACUAACGCACUCGCCACCAGCGCUAACUGGAUCUUCAACUUCAUGGUCGUGAUGAUCACGCCUGUUGCAUUCGCGAAUAUCGGAUACAAGACCUAUGUCAUCUUCGCUGUCAUUAACGCGUUCAUGUUCCCCUGUGUUUACUUCUUCUUCCCUGAGACUCGCUACCAGAUGGAUGCCAUCUUCAAGAAGUCUACCAAUGUCUUCAAUGCCGUCACCAUCUCCGUUAAGGAACCUUAUCGCUAUGAUAAGCACGGUGAGCUUAGACCGGAGUACGUUGAGGAGGCUCUGCGCCAUGCUAGCACGGAUGUGCACAUUGCCGGUGGGAAGUUCGAGAGUGAUGAGAGUGGUACUGAGGUUAAGGCUUGA